UCUUUGCAACAAAAGCACAAAACUCUGUUCGAAAAACACAAGCGAAGGAUGAACUCCAAUUCCGAAUCCGAGUGCGCACAAAUCAGUCAAUCUAAACCGUCGAAUGAGAUCUUUUGGAUGGAUGAGAUGAGAUCCAGGCGCGUGACAAUUAAUAUCAACCGUCUAAAAAAACUAUCAUCCAACGGCCCACCUUGACCAUAACCAUCCUCUUCGAAUUUCAGGUAUACAUUUCCCUCCGAAACAUUUUCUCUUACUCUUCACGAUUUUCUCUGAAAAAGCAGUGAAUCGCCAUGGACGCAAUGGAUGCAUCUAGGUUCUGCCGAAUCCUGGAGGCAGCUUCGGUAUUCGAUCUCUGCGACCUAGCGCAACGGCUAAUUCGACAUGGUGUUCAUCUCCUCGCGAGCGAUCCAGAAGGCCAUCGAGUUCUGGUGCUCUUCUGCAACAGAGCUUAUGAACUAUCACGCGAUGCAGAUCUGAUCUCGAUAUACGAUGAAUUGACAAAAAAUCGUCAAGAAUUGGGACAAAGUCUUCUCAACGAGCUUGGGCUGGAGAGUAUAAUCUUGGUGACUGACUACUCUGGGAACAACAAGCAUUUUGCCGGUUUGAUUCAAGGAGAUCUCUUAGUUAGAUUGAUGAUGACUUCUGUUGAUGUUAAGCCGUUGAUUACUUUCAUUUCAUCAGAGAAAGUUG